AUGCACCCCACAUCCUCACGCACCCCAUAUCCUCACGCACCCCCUGUCCUCGUGCCCCGCUCCCGCAGGAGGAAGGGCUCCCUCAAGGCCAGGAAGUGGAGAUCCAUUUUCCACCUCGGCCGCUCCAGCCACGAGGCCAAGCGCAAGGUGAAGGCGCUGGAGGAGCAAGAGGACAAGGGCGGCGCGAGGAGCCUGCGCCCGGCCAAGAGCAUGGACUCGCUCAGCGCCCUCCCCUCCGGCAGCCAUGGCGCAGGGGACCCUUGUCCGGAGGAGCCGCCCCCGGGGAAGCCUCCGCAGCGCCGGGAAAGCUUCGACGCGUGCCCGGUGCCGCCGGGGCGCUGCCGGGAGUCGGGCGAGGGCCGAGAGGAGGCCCCGGAGCAGCCGCAGGGCGAGGGCAGCGCCCACUCAGAGCCCAGCACCCCCCGGGCAGGGCGCAGCCGAGCCCCGAGGGCCGCCGGGGUCCACAUCUCGGUGCCCUUGUCCGUCACCGUCCCCCUGCACAUCGCAGCCAACCUGUCCCGCCUGAACCGGGGGCUGCCCUGCCCGGCGCCGGCCACCGGCGCCCUCGCUCCGCAGCCGGAUGCCGGCGGGGAUGCUCCGGAGCCGGGGUCCCCGUCCCCCGCGGCCCGGAGCCGCCUCUCCAUGGAGCUCCGGGAUUCCUUCGCCUUCCUGGAUAGCCCCGAGCCCUGGCUGGAGGGUGCCGGGGAUGGGGAGCAGGGGGAGCGGGAGCUGGCGCCGGGCACGGCGGGUGAGGGCGAGGGGAUGGCGGCCACCGAGGACGGGAUGGAGAGCGGGUGCAUGAACCCAGGGGAGCCGCCGGCGGAGCCGCCCUGCAGCUACUUGUCCAUCGAGGAGUGCAUGGACGAGAUGUUCUUCAUGGCGCCCGACGACAGCGACUCGGACGAGACGUUCCUGAGCGCCCACGACGACCUCAGCCCCUUGCGGCCAGCGCUGGAGCCCCCCGGGAGCCCGGUACCGGCCCGAGCCGCAGAGGAUGCUCCGGGUGCCGGGGACGGUGCCAGGACUGACCCCGGCCGCACGGGACCGGGGCCGGACGCAUCGGAUGAAGCCGUCGAAGAGGCCGGAGCCGGCCCCGCUCCCAACGCCCCGGGGGAGCCCGGGGAAGGGGAACCGGCCCCGGUGCCUCCAUCCCCGCCGCCGGAGGGCAGCGCGGGGCCGAGCCGGCCGGAGCCGCCGGUGCUUCCCGAACCCGCGGCCGUGCUGCGCUUGGCCACGCGGGCCGCGCCGGUGCUGCAGGCCCGCUCCGUGCCCGUCGUGCCCCCCAAGCCGCAGUUCGCCACGGUGCCACCGGGCCCGGCCGAGGAGGCAGCGGCGGCCCCACCGGAGAGGCCGCUCCUUGGCCCCGGCCCCGCGUUGAGGCGGGCGGGCUGGCGGGCCCGGGCCAGCGUGUCCCUGCACGCGGAGCUGCCGUCGGGCCGGGCCCCGGUGCGCCGGAUCCAGACGUACUGCGGCGGGGAACCGGGGAUGGCCGCUCCGGUGCCCGUGGAGCCGGGGGGGAACCGGGCGGGCCCCGGAGCGGCGGAGAGCGGGGCCGCGGGGCAAUAA